CACACACACACACAGCCGGGGAUUUCCAGCGCCAGAGAUGUUCAACUCCUCUCCGUCGGCUUCCACGCUCUUCUUCUCCGCGGAUCGUGGUCAUGACGUCGCCGGCGGUUCCUCGCGCCCGUUCCGUGGCGGCGGUGUCGGUGGUGUCGGUGUCGGUGACGGGAGCAACGGCUCGUGCGCCGAGCGUCCGCUCGAGUUCGCGCCCGCGGAGAAGGUGGCCGUGGGUCUCGCGCUGGCCGCGGUCACGGCGGUGACGGUGAUCGGGAACGCGCUCGUGGUGGUGGCCGUGUGCGUGGUGAAGAAGCUCCGGCAGCCAUCCAACUACCUGCUCGUGUCGCUCGCCGCCGCCGACCUGUCCGUGGCGCUCGGGGUCAUGCCCUUCGCCAUAGCAACCGACCUGACCGGCGGGAAGUGGCUGUUCGGAGAAGCUUUCUGUAACGUCUUCAUCGGAAUGGACGUCAUGUGCUGCACGGCGUCCAUCAUGACCUUAUGCGUCAUCAGCGUGGACAGGUAUCUGGGCAUCACACGACCUUUAACAUACCCAGCACGUCAGAACGGUCAACUGAUGGCGAAGAUGAUCUUUGGCGUGUGGUUGGUGUCGGCGUCCAUCACGCUUCCGCCAUUUUGCGGCUGGGCGAAGAACAUCAACGAAGAGGGAGUGUGUCUGAUCAGCCAGGACUUCAGCUAUACCAUCUACUCCACCGCUGUGGCCUUCUACAUCCCCAUGCUUGUCAUGCUCUUCAUGUAUUACAAGAUCUUCAAGGCAGCACGAAAGAGCGGCGCCAAGCACCGUUUCGAGUCGGUGAGGAUGCAAGGGCUCAAAACGCAGCAGCACCCGGUGGCCGAGGAGUGUGUGGCACUCUCUCGGCUCCUCAGCCCCGAACGCCAGAACAUGUCCAUCUUCAAACGUGAACAGAAGGCUGCCACCACAUUGGGUGUCAUCCUCGGCGUCUUUACCAUCUGCUGGCUGCCUUUUUUCAUCCUGACCACGGCGAGACCGUUUAUAUGUGGCAUCGAGUGCAGCUGUGUCCCGAUUUGGAUCGAGAGGACACUGCUGUGGUUCGGCUACGCCAACUCACUCGUCAAUCCGUUUAUUUACGCCUUCUUUAACCGCGACCUGCGCUCAACCUACUGGGAUUUGCUACGGUGCCGUUACCGCAACAUCAACCGACGGCUCUCUGCCGUUGGUGUACACGAGGCCCUGAAGUUUUGAAAUAAGACCAGGCUUUUCAGACACUCAUACACACUAUGGUAGAUGCCAGAUUUGGACCCUAUGUGGAGAGGGUUUUUUUCAGAAACUCUAAGAAGACCACACGCCAUCUUUCAAGAGGCUUUUUUUGGAAAAAAAGAUUUGAAGUAGAAAGGUGAACUCUGAAAAGAACACAGUGGGAGAUUGGGAUGCUGUGGGUUGCAUGAGCGUGGACGCUAUUUUGGGACUCUGUGAUGGAGAACAAAAGUGAAUGCUGAAGGAGGUUGACAGGCAAUUUUAUAUAUUCUUUAAAAUUGAAAGGAAAAGGACAGAUUACAUUUUUGGAUGUACUGAAGGAGGUUUCAUUUCAUUUCAGAAUGGGCCUUAACAAGAGCACUGAAAACCAUUUUUUUCUGGAAAAUUGGAAAAGAACAAAACCGGACACCAUUUCUAGACCAUAUGAAGGACAUUUCAAAGGUUUUUUAAACCAAGCUAAAGUGGAAACUAUUUUGGGGCCGUUUUCUUGGCUGUAAUUCACAAAGCAGAUGUUUCUGACCAUGUCAGAUGUGAACUGCAAGCACUAAUGGAUAAUCGCUGCUGUAGGGCUUUUGGUCAGAGCUGACUAAUAUUGGAAACCUGCGUGCGUGUUUAUGCAUGUUCCACGUGAAGGUGACAAGAGAGACAGGACACACACAUUGUGUCCAGUGACUCACCCCAUGUGUUUUAAGAAACAUGCAUAUGGCAGGGGUCGGAUAUGUCCUUGAAGGAGUAUCAGACUUGACAAGCGCUUUGUGUGAAUGCUACGCUCUGAUCUGACCUGUUUUUUGGCCAGAUUUAACAACUGGGUCACAAAUAAUAAUAACAGAGACUUAAUAAUGGUAAAUUGAGUCACAUUAAAUCUCAAAUGAACCUCUGAAAACUGCACAGGACACAGAAAUGUUCCAUAUGUACAGUAACAUGUUGUAUAUUGUCAAAUAUUUGUGCAGGAAAACAUUACCCUUCUGUAUAUUGUCACAGUUGUAAAUCAGUUCUGGAAACAUCUAUGCUGUUCUUUUCUGUAUAAUACGGAAAAAAAAAGUCUAUUUAAUGUGUUUUGUUAUAAUGUGUUUUAUGCAGAUGUCUUAUAAAAUACCACAUUUUGUCCUGUAUUCUGAAGAAACAGCUUUUUUGUUCUAUGACGAAGUGAUUGUGAAGAAUGAUCGUGGCUCUUAUUCAUCAAAGAUUCGAGCGUAAAGAAUCAAACUGAGGCGUGUAGAACAAGAGCUUGCUCGUCCAUCCCCCUAUUGAAAUAUAACACGUAAGGAAUAAAACACUCUGUGUCAUGCUGUUAUUCAACAACAGGGUGGUGUGAUGAAGCGGAGUUACUGUUACCACCCUGAAGCUGAUUAUUUUCCUAUAACAGCACGUCCCAAAGCGUUUUAUUCCUCUUACACUAUCGUAAACAUAAGUAGCAGGUAAAAAGUGUUAUUCUUUAAUAAAUUAAAGAAUGAAUGAUUGCAACUUUUAUAUUAUUAAAAAAAAAAAAGACACUUUUACUAUCGGUUUAUAAGUACAUUUAAUGUUGUGGAACAUCCGUCAAAAAAAAAAAGAUCCUGUUAUCACUUAUGUCAUAGCAGCUCUAAACAUAUAUACUCAUUCCCUGACUUUCUAUUGAAGAAAAAAGUGCAGCUUGUUGUUGAGAAACUGUAAAGCACAACACCCUCCAUCCUUAGACUUCCCUGUGGUGGAAAACAUGAGUUACAGCUUUACCUCUGCCUGUUACAAAGCACUGACACUGGACACUCCUUCUAUAAAUGUUAAAUAAACGUCUUUAUAUAAAAAGUCACCGUAUCACUGAAUGGACUAAUUUGUUUAUUAUUAUUAGUCUUUGAUUAUGUGGCGUAUCCGUCAUACAUGUCCCUGUGAAUGGGCUGUUACUAUAGAAACGAUGAUGUAUCAGAGCGAGAGCGUUCAUUUAAACCUCUGACUGCUGAAAUAGCCCUUUUUACAAGGGAUGCCAAUAAUUAUGGAGCUGACUGUAUAUGGUUUACAUGCAACAUUUACAAGGUUAUGAUCAUCUGUACAUCUUCUACAAAAGGCAUACUUUCAAUUAUGACCACAAGCAAUUUGUUUACAUGAAUUUGCAUAUGCAAAUAUGUUUACGUGGGACACACCCCAAUUUUCAGUCAUAUGCAUAUCAUUUACUCCAUUUUGUUAUCAUCUGCUUAUUGAUGUUCUGCAUAAUGUAGGCAUGAGAUACACUGUAAUUUACACAAUAUUGCAGUAAUUAAAAAAAUUGCAGAAGUAAGGAGCAAUGAAAAUGUUAAAGAAAGAAAUCAAGAAGAAGCAAAAGAAAGGAAGAUUCGAAACAAACCGAAAAUGAUUCAGCCUACUUUCCAUUGCAUCAUCAGGAUUCUGCAUUUUCCAGCUUUUCAACUGAAAAUCAUGUUUACAUUUAAAUUCCAAACAAUGCAGAAUGAGAUCUUUUCCUUCAGUAACAUGUAGCGUCAUGGUACAACAGUUCACGUGUAAGUAUCCAUGAAAAUGUUUUAUUUAAUUGCUUUCAAAAUUACGAGUCACUCGGAUUAGCUUGUUCAUGUCUUGCCUGUUGUUUUGCCAAAAAUAUCUGCUAGCUAGCUGAUUUUAUCUGCAAACAUUAGCUAGUUUCUGUAACGUGUGAGCAAGAUUCUGGGGACAAAGUCAUAAGCUCAUUAUGGCUGAUUCAGUAAUGAUAGUUGUGAUCCAUUGCAUAAGUCAGCAAACAUACAGGCAGCGUCAAUGAAAUGGCAGAGUGUACAUACAGUAGAUAAACUAAUUACAGGCUUAACACGGAACACAUGGCCACAGUCAGGUAGCAAACCAAUGACAGGACAUAGGCGGAGACAGGAGAGAAAUCAAAACUAAUGCACAGGGUCACAACAUAAACAAAAGCUCAUGACAAGAACUCAAAAAAACCAAAUGGAGCAGCACUCGUCACUCUGGGAACCACACCGCAUACUGGAGAGGAGGAAUUUAUGAACGUUACAUUGAACCUUUUCUUAAUUUUUAGCCCUAAAACACAUCUUUGACUAGCUUUUAACUUUUGUUUCCAUUUAUAAAAUAGAGCUAUUGAUCCAUCAAAUUGUAAGAACCUAUAGAUCACGGUGUGUUAUAGACAGUUUUUAUUCUUCUUUUUACACAAAAUUGAAUUCAUUUUAUUGAGAUAAUAAUUAUAUCUCAAAAAAAAGAAAUAGCUUUCAAAUUUGGUGAAAAGUAUAAGUGGGACACUUUACUUCUGAGAUGUGAGUACAGCUGAAGCUUCAAUAAUGCACAACCUGUCGCCUCUAUUAUGUAUAACUUUGAUGAAUAAGAGCCAUAAAACUCAGUUAUCAUUACAGAGCAGUGAAUUGUGCAUGAGAGUCA